UUAUCGUUUCAUGAGAUUGCUUGAUACGCCUCUCGCACCCAUUUCAAAGUUGGAACUAUUUCGCACAUCCAUUUUCUAGUACUGUCGAUAAUGUCUAUAUGGAAUGAAGCUGCUGUGUUUUUCAAUACGAAAAUUAAUGCUUCGGUUGAAACUAAACCAGAUUAAAAAAUGACAGAUUCUGAUCAUGAAGAAGCAGAUAUGGAUAAAUUAGAGUUAUCUUCAGAUUCUACAGAUAUAAUAACAAAAAAGAGAUUACGAGAGGAAGAUUCUGAAGAUGAAACAAAAAAUUUAUGUACUAAAAAACAACGAAAUUUCUCUGGUGAACAGUCAGAAAUAUUAAAAAUAGAAAACCCCAAGAUUAAUUCAGAUAAAAAUAAUACUGAUGAAUAUAAUAUAAAAGAGGAAAAGCAUACAAUAGUUUCAAAAAGCGAACAAAAUGUACAUGAGAAAUUUCUAUCUGAAUCAAACAUGAAGGAGGAUAAAGAAAAACAAGAUAAUAAAUUAAUCAAAGAGGAAAAUGGGAAUGACAGUCCUUUUGAUAAAGAUAAUUCCAUGGAUGAAAUUAUACAUGAUUUCAUGAAUGAAACUGUAGAAGACAAAAUCAAGGAAGAAGAAAAAGAAAGUAAUAAAGAAAUUAAUGAAGCAGAUGAAGCAAAAGAAGAAAGUAAGAAAGAUGAGAUAAAAAGAAAACGUAUUGCGAAAAAUCGAAUUGUAGAUACAGAAGUAGUAGAUGGAUUGGAGCUUUCAGUAGAAUGCGCGAGUGAUAAAGAAGAACCAAGUUCCGAGAGUGAAGAUGAAAAAGAAAUAAAGCCACGCCCGAAGACGAUAAUUGUUAAAGCUGAACCAAAUGAAUCAGAAUUGGAAUGUAGUAUGUCAGAGACAGAAAAGUCUGAUUCGCAAGAAAUCAGUAACACAUUGGAGAUUAAAUCAGAGAAAAAGGUAAAGAAAAGAGGACCCCGAACAAGUUUCAGUAAAUUGAAGACUUCUGAGUCUGAGGAGAGUCAGAAUAAUAAUUCGGAUGAAGAUUAUAGUCCACGAACUAAAAAGAUGAAAAAAUCUCCAUUAACUAAGAAAACAAAACGCUCUGUGGAAUCAAAGAGAGGACGAAGUGUAAAGAAAUAUUCUUACAAGAAGAAUAUUGAACAUAUAUCUGAUGAUGAUAGUGUGACUUCAACAGAGAAAAUUAAUAAAGCAAAAAAAACUAAGAAUGGAACAGAAGAAGACUUGUCAGAAAAAGAUUCUUCGGCAAGUGAAAAUAAUAAUAAUUCUGAAGAUGAGAAAAAAUUGAAGAAUAAACGGACGAGACGUAGUAGUGCUGAACCAGAUAACAAUAGCCAAAUACAAAAAUUGAAAAAAUAUAUAAAGGUUGCUGGUAUAAAAGUAAAAUCUUAUUAUGAGCUUUGGGCUGAUUGUAAGAAUAAUUCUGCAAGAAUUAAGCGCCUAAAGGAAUUAUUGGAAAAAAAUGGUAUUAAUGGGAGGCCAACAUUGGAAAAAUGUAAACGAGCAAAAAAAAAGAAAGAGAAAAUGCAAGAAGUGUCCGAAUUAGAUAUAUCCAACAUUAUAUCUGAAGGGCGUGUUACGCGCGCAAGAAGAAAUAUGAACAACAAAUCAACACCUCCAGAUACACCGCAACGAUAUCGAGAAACUCGCAAACGUAUUCAAAGCAUCAUUGAUAGUGAUUCAGAGUAAAGCAUAAAGGAGGCUGAGAAGAGACUCAUGAUAACCGAAAUAAAUGUAAAUACAUAAACAUGUGCAUAAUUACGUACCAGCAUAUUGUGUACGUAUAUAUAAAACGUUUUUUUUUUCAUACAACACAGAAAGAUUGUGGCAAUAUUGCAAUGUUGCUGCAAUGUUACAACAAUAUUAAUAAUAUUGCUGCAAUAUUCUAUGCUGUAGGGGUUAAUAGUCAUAUAUUUUCGUACAUCUCAUAGUUAUUAUUUU